ACGGGCCCUUUUAAGUAAGUGGGUGCGCCGGGUGGGGGGUGCGCCCGAGCAUGAGCAUCGCGGGUGGUGGGGCGGAGUCGGUAAUAAACGCGAGCGGCGGUCGCAUCGCCGUGCUAAGCUCUCAUCUCCGCCCUCCCAUGGCGGCGUCGUCGUCGUCGUCGUCUUCCUCCUCCUCCGAGGUGGAAGCCGCUCUCGCCGCCGCCCCCUCCGACGCUCCCACCAUUUUUGACAAAAUUAUAAGCAAGGAGAUACCUUCCAAAGUGGUUUACGAGGAUGACAAGGUUCUUGCAUUUAGAGAUAUCUCUCCUCAAGCUCCAACUCAUAUUAUUAUCAUCCCAAAAGUUAAAGAUGGAUUGACUGGACUAUCAAAGGCAGAAGAACGGCAUGUAGAGAUUCUUGGCUAUCUCCUUUACGUCGCCAAGCUUGUUGCAAAGCAGGAAGGUCUCGAUGAUGGCUUUAGGGUCAUCAUCAACGAUGGACCCAAAGGAUGCCAAUCUGUGUAUCAUCUUCACAUUCAUCUUCUUGGGGGCCGGCAGAUGAAUUGGCCUCCUGGCUGACAACACACUCACGAAGAAGUAUCAGCGUAAAAGCACAAGUUCCUCUUAAAUAAGUUAAAAAGGAAAGGAAAUGUCGGACAUUGUGAGGUUUGAUGCGCCCUUUUUGAAGAAAUAUAAGGCUUUCUUUACAUCUACUAGCGCACGAAACUGGAUUUCAUUACUGUAUUUCGAAGCGUAUGCUUCUCAACUUUGUAGAACUCAUAUUGCAACACUCAUGUCAUUACUAUGAAAACUCUAGUCACAUGAAAACUCAUGUAUAUAUUUGAUGCAGCAGAUGAGCUUCUUGGCAUGUGCACUUCUUUAAGAAUCUCUUCAUAUAA